CCUAUAUUGUAAUUGAUUGAUGACCAUUUUGUUGCUAAUCAACAAUAAACAAUUGGUCUAAGUUGUGGAUGUUGUGUGGGUUUUAAUCCUCUGUUCGGAUGGCGUUGGGGGCCUAGAUCUUUUUAUUGAAGAUGGUACUAUUUAUUAACAUCAGUGUUGGUCAAAGGGUAGAGGUCAUGUACAGAGGCAAGAUCUUACCUGCAACUGUUAAGUUCAAAGGUUGCCUGUCCAAUGUUAAAGGUGACAGUCUCAACAUUAUAGAAUACUCCCCAGGAAUGCAUAGAGGCCUUGAUACCAUCCUAUAAUAAAAUAACACCAAAAUACUAUUAGUAUAAUUAUAUAAAAAGUUUCAUUUCCAAUUAUCGCUUUGCAGUUUAUUCAACAGUUAUAGGACCGUGAGCCCGACUUCAAUUGUGGAUGAAACACUUUUUGAAAGGAGAAAACCACAUGAGAGAAGUCAAACAGUACCCACAUCAGUAUCCGAUUCGUAUCUUACAACUGCUUCAGAGGGAUUUGAUGAUUUAAGGCGUUCUUGGGAUGGUCGGGUCGAGUCCAGGACGUGGAAUAGUGCAUCAAGCUAUAGCGACACCUCACAAUCUGCUGCCGUCGGCCCUCCACGAACAUUCAACAUGAGGCACUCUAUUGGGGGCACUAUGAAAGCUGCCACCAUGAGGCCUAAAACGGCUAUGGCAUCAUUGACCUAUAGGAGCAUACCUAUUCAUGCUGAGUAUGACGAUGAGGUAAUGGAGUUUAUAACAAGCCCAACGAUUCCAAAGACCCACAUGCCAAUGCAUGUUUUAGCACGGCAGAAUAAGAGAGGCUGGGAUAGACUCCACAAACCUAGAGAAUGGACAAUAUGACUACAUUUUAAAGGGGUUUAUAUUAGUUAAAUUUUCUUUUAUUUUCCCCCGUUGGAAAAAUUCUUGAUCUACCCCUGUAAACGUAUGCAAAGAAAGUGGGUUAUGUGCCACAUAUUCCUGGCUCCAUUCUGAUUGGUUGGCUGUUAAGUUUGAUACUCCAGAGAGGUCCUUUGUCUGAAAGACUAUUACCGAUUUUUUUUUUUUUUUGUGAAAAAUAUUGGCAUUCAUAGGAUAUAUAAUAUAUAAUUAUUAUUAUUAUUAGUAGUAGUAGUAGUAGUAGUAGUAGU